UGAAAGAAAGAAAUCCUGUGCGAUAAAUUGCUAGUUAGAGAUACAAAAAUAGUGAAAUAACAUGAAAUAGUAAGUGCUAUUCAACAGGUAAUCGUGAUAUAUGUUGACUUUGGUUUAGUUAAAAUGUAGCAUUAGCAAAAGAGGUAAGGUCAAGGUGCAGUAACGGAACAUGAUGUGUUAAGUGAACGUCAAGGAACCAUCAGAAACUCACCCAUGUCUGCUGCUAGCGAUGGGAGCGAUCAAGAUAUGCACAGAGAUUCCAACACACCAUUACUCCCCCAGAUCACGUCGAAUUUGGUGCCAUAUUCGCCUCCUCGUAUCGGGGUUUCACAACAGAAUACAGUCUACAGAUCCCCCUCUCACUCAAGAAAUCAACAGACACUGGAGGGUUUCUUCAUCGGGAGGCGACGAAGUGGAGGAGGUGAUGAUAUGCCCUCAGUUAACCUAAGUUCUGCCCCUCCUUUACCCGUGUUCAGUAUACCUGAAGAUGCAAUUUUACCAAGGGCAGUGGUUCCUGGUAUUGGAGGGGAAAAUGUGAACAAUAUUAGGGACAGAUCACCCGAAGUUAUUUCUAGUGAAGAGGAAGAUUCAAGAUCUUCGAACCAAGAUGUGGAAAUUCUUUCUAACCCUGACGAGGAAAAUUCCAAUUCAUCCCAAGAAAAUCUUCCAUCAGUAGAAAAUCAUGAACCAGAGGCAACAUCUGGUGCCCAGGACACUUUACAACCAUCUUCCCAGGGCCAACAAACCUUGGCUCCAGUCCCAGCAGCUAAUGUUCUGUCAGUGCAUGUCACCACCAACUCCCCUUCAGAUUUCAGAACUCCAAAACGAAGGAGGGUAAUGUCAACCCCAGAAAAACCAGGGGGAGCCACAGGUGGACCAGAAGAUGAUAGCGAGGAUGGAAAUUGUUGCCCUAUCUGCUUUGAAGAGUGGUCAACUUCAGGAUCUCACAGACUAGCAUCUUUGAAAUGUGGUCACUUGUUUGGACAAAGCUGCAUAGAGAAAUGGCUGAAAGGACAAGGUGGAAAAUGUCCCCAAUGUAACUGUAAAGCCAAAAGGCAAGACAUAAGAGUCCUCUAUGCCAAGUCACUAAAGGCUGUAGAUACGACAGAGCGUGACAGGGCACUACAAGAGCUAGAAAAAGAAAAAGAAGUCCGUCGGAAAGUAGAAAUGGAGGCUGCUCAGUGUCGCCUGCAGUACCAGAUGGCUAUUGAAGAAUGUAACAGACUGAAAGCCGAGAUAGAUAAACUCAAACGUCAAUUACAGUCUACAAAGUCCGAUUCUUCCUCAGGUGCAGCACAGUCUCAGUCUCAAUCAAGAGACAUCAGUGGCCACUUUGUGCCAGACAAAACCAUCAAAAUUUGGGAGGCUGGUAACUGCCGUGUGAUGUCAUACACCCCCUCCCUGGCCACACUUGUUGUCUCCCAACCAUCAUCCAGUCCCUUAUUUCCUGGAUUUGGCUUCAAAAAGAUCAGCAGUAUGGAUUUUAAGACCUCACAGUACCUGACUAUACACAAUAAGGCAAUCCGAGACUGUUGCUUUCAUCCGUUUGUGGAUGAUGGAAUCUUGCUGAGCUGUGGAUUAGAUAAGACAGCUAAAAUGACGAGUGUCAUCAGCAACACGGUUGUCCAGACAUAUGAUCUUCCCAAUCCUGUUUGGAGCUGUGUAUGGAACACAGAUGAUAGAAACUUUUUCUAUGCUGGACAAGCUAAUGGGAAUGUGAUGGAGUUUGACAUUCGGAACACCUCUGAACAUGUCCAGGAACUAAACACUGAGGGUAUGAGGUCACCUGUAGUCUCCUUACAGUACAUUCCAAAAGACAUCCAAGCUAGCUUCAGACCUGGUGGUUUAGUGGUGGGGCAGCUGAACAAGAUAAGUUUCUAUGAGAAGAAACCAGACAACCAGUACAGACUACAUAUGCUACCAUUAGAGGGUAACUUGACAAGUCUGUGUUUUGAGAAUCACACAAGGCACCUGUUGGCCAGUUUCAGACCAACAUCCAAACACCCCACAGUUAGACACCAGCUAUGUGAGAUGACCUGUGUGAACCUAAGUGCUGACCCUGCUGUUAUUGACAACGGCUGUAGUUGUCAUGUCAUUCAGACAUUCCAUGGCAGCCAGACACAGACAGUACUGACACGAGCACUUCUAAUGACUCACCCAGCAGAUGACAGUCGAAUGUUAAUCUGUGCUGGAGUGGAAACAACCUCAGGGGUCCACAUUUGGGACACAUCGUCUGGUCAGCUUGUUCAGCGGUUGCCAGCUGGUGGGAUCGUGGUGGAUACUUGUGCCAUGACAAUCAACCAGCAAGCAUAUCUAGCUGCACUGACAGAGAAAAACCUUAAAAUUCACCGAUGGUGCUGAUUCCUCAGAAAUACCUCAACCAACUUUGAAUCAGGUCAUGUGUUCUAAGGUUUAAAAUUCACAGCCUGUCUUCUAUUUCAGAGUGGACAGGUGUUGUAUUUUCAUACUGAGUGUAGUGAAAAACAGUACCGUUAGUACUGAAAGGCUAAUAUUUUGACUGUGAUAUUAACAGCCAAUUUAACCAGUGGAUGGUCCCAGAAGUGUUCAUAAAGCACCAUGUCUUUCAGGAUAAGAGUACGAGUGACUGCAUGCUGUGUAUGUUAUGUUUAAUCAUGUAAUUACAUUCACAUACAAGCCCCCUGAAGAAAUAAAAGAACUUUUGUUCAAGA